AUGGCCCAUAAGCAGAUCUACUACUCAGACAAGUACUUUGAUGAGCACUAUGAGUACCAGGAUGUCAUGUUACCCAGAGAACUUUCCAAACAAGUACCCCAAACUCAUCUAAUGUCUGAAGAGGAAUGGAGGAGACUUGGUGUCCAACAGAGUCUAGGCUGGGUUCAUUGCAUGAUUCAUGAGCCAGAACCACAUAUUCUUCUAUUUAGACGACCUCUUCAUAAAGAGCAACAAAAAUGA